ACUCGCCCCGAGAUACAGUACACUAUCCAAACUGAACUCAACUGCAUGGAUGAUUCAGGUUGCGUGAACCUAACGACCUUGCUUCUGAGCAGGCUAGACUACUGCUUGAGAGACAUAAUUCAUACAUCCUAGAAGAACGGCUGUCUUCCCGUCCCUCGCGGCCCAAUUCUCUGCCGAAAGACACUUUUCAAACACCCUUGCUUACAACAAUAACUACUAGUUCGUGUAGUCCCGUGACGUCACCUCAUCAUUUGCGAUCUCUUUCAGCCUAGAGCUCUCGUCCGAUGUAGGGUACUAGUGCUUUGAAUCCCUUCGCACGACAUCCACCGCGGGUUUUUGUCACCCGAAUCUUCCAUCGCGCUCCCGAAUCCCCGCGUUUCACGCCAUAGUAGUACAGAUUCCACCUUCUUAAGAUCACCCCCCUGUGCAUGGCACUGUUCUCCGUGUGUGGCGGCGGCGCGUGUCCCUUCUUCCUAGGGCUGGGCGUGGCUACGUGUUCCUGCUCGCUCUGCACGGGUCUUGUGCUCGUCACGUGCGGCGACAGCCUCUGCUCGCCGCUCAGCGCCGCUCCCGCUCCCCCUGCUUUCAAAUCGCAGGCGACACACAGUGCGCUUAGCGGAGCGUCUUAUAUCGGGAGCAGUGGGUUCGACGGGAGCUCGUCGUUUGGUGGCAGCGACCUCGUUUUCUCGACAGACAAGCCGUGGACAGCAGAUCAAUACGCGGCGUAUCUCGCACGCGCUGCCCCGUCAACGAGUCGCAUGUCGCGGUUACCAUCCGACAACCACUACCACUCGCUGAGCGAUUAUCCCUCCCACUCGCUACCGCGGUCGCCAGGCGCUCUCUCGCACUCGCUGCUGUCGCGGACGGAUUCCGCCCGUGCGACGCCUCUGCAGUCGCCGUCGCUCCAAGCGUCGCUGCUGUCGUCGCGGCAACUCCGAUCGCUGUCGAGCUCGUGAGCGUGGGAGAGUUGCGACGAGGGAAACACUUGGAGGUUGAUACGCGACAGCUAGGUCAGCAGGAGACAGGAUACCCCUCUGCCUACACAUUACAGCGCUCAUCUCGUACGGCUGUGCACUCCUGCCCUUAUUGUAACUAAUGACCCGUACGAUAUACUGUACAGUUUUCAACCCUAUGCCAUACCUUAUUACAGUUCCUUUUCAGGGAAAGAGCAGCAUGAGGCAGGAUAGUAAAUUAGCAUUGUUGGGAGCACCAAACCCUUUUAGAAGGCAACCCCUUAUUUCCUAAGGUGAAAUAAAAGUAAUGUACCGU